GUGUGUGUUAGGCAAGGGGGAGGAUAGUGGUGAAGCAUUACCACGGUGGGCAACUAUGCCAGAAAGUACUUUAAGAGGCAAAACAUCUGAAUUGGAGUCUCAGCGCCACUCUAAGAGAGACCUGGGGUCCAAGCUGCCUGGGUUUAUUCACCUGUAUAAUAGGAUUAAAUACGGAUUAACAGGGAUAAACACCCGCUUUCAGCUGUAAGGGAAAACCCUUUGGAAAGCGUCUCUUUCAGUGGUCCCCGGGCGGAGUAAGGCGAGAAGCCGCCACCUCCCCAAAUUAUCACGGGGGUGGGAGAAGGGAGGCAAGACUACCCGCUCCACGUGCGACGAUUAUAGUUGCGGUUCCGCACCUCCAAAUCCGGCGUGUAGGAAAGUCCCACCCGUCGUCAAUGAUUCGUCUGAAACAAAUGGGCGCCCAAGCCAUCCGCAUAGAUUACUGGUUAAUCAUGCUGUCAGUCUGCAGGGCCUGGUGGAGGCCUAUGGGAAAUGUAGGCCGGCCAAGCCCCAGUCUUUCUGGGGCUCGCAUUUCCGCUUCCGGUGUUUAUGGCUUUCCGAAGGUCCGGACUUGGGCUCUGGUCUCGUAGUGGGAGUGUCGUGUGGGGACUUUGCGUGCCCACAGAGAAGGUACCGCGGAGUCGGGGCCCUCCAGUGGUCGCAGGGCCUCGGCGGACAGGAGCGGCCCUCACCUCGGGCCUGGGCCCGCGCGGGCUGGGCGUGACCGGGCGGAGACCCUGGGUCCCGCGUCCCCGCGAGCAGACCCCAGGGCAGGAUGCGCCCCUCAUGCUGGCGGCGUCCUCCUUCUCCCUGUCCACCUGGCCCGGUGGGGAUGACCCUGGCCUCGUAGCCAACGAAGCGACCCUGUCCCCAGGGCCCGCGUUUACCCCAUAAAGCUUCUAAAGAAGGUCGCCCGCGGAGCAGAGUAGCCUUCCAGUGUAAGUCACGCUCUGCGGGCCAGUCACCCGGUCCACCGUCACCGGGCUGAGCCACUGCCCAUUUCCUGCCAACUUUGUGACCUUGGGCAAGGUCCUGGGGGUCUCUGAGCCGUGACUGCCUCAGCUUUGAGGGAGUUGAAGCCUGACUAUCUCUUAACUUUCGUUCCAACUGUAACAUCCUGUGAGUCUGUGAUCUUAUUAUCCUUGCUGUUACAUCUUGUAACCUUAACCAGGGUAAAUCUCCCUGUUUGGGAGAGAGUUACGAUGCCAAGACUGAGGAAUCCAGAGAGGGCCCGCCCAGAUCUGAGAACCCACCCAGAGGCGAGGAGAGUUGAGGGUUGGAGCGGUUGAAUCUCUGAAGCUUAGAGCGGGCUCCACUCAGCCUCUGCUCUCCAAGGUGCUGCUACCUUGUGUGCCGUCUGCCUCUUGUACUGCAUGUACUUGGCAACACUCUGAAGACCAGUGGCUUGGGAGAAUGAGCAGUUUAUUGUCCCCAUUUUCUCCAUCAGUUCAUCCUCAUUCUUCAGUAUGGAUCAUUGGCAUUUUCUUGGCGUUAAGUAAAUCGCUAUGCAAACAGCUUCACGCUCCUCUGCUUUCCAACCAGACCACCAGCCCUUGACCCCUACUGUUAGACUUCUGGAGCUGCCUCCCCAGUGACAGAGGGCCAGACUCCACGGGCAUCAGGACAUGAGGAGGGAGGAACAGGAAGAUUUUUCUUCACUUCAAUCCCACUGGGCUAACCCUUGUGAUUUUCACUAUAAUUCACUCUGUAAUGUAUGUCUCUGGCUCUAGAAUUUCAAGUUCUACUUAGACUCCUAUCUAAAGGUGGCUUCCCAGUGAAGUAAAGGAAGAGGUUUGAACUUCAGAUCACAGCUGCAGGGUUCUUCUCUGAUCUGAACAAUGGCUGUAGCUGUGGAUGAACAAAUCCAGACUCCUCAAGUACAAGAAGAGCUCCAAAUAGUGAAGCUGGAAGAAGAUUCCCACUGGGAGCAGGAAAUUUUCUUUCAAGGGAGUAUCCCUGAACCAUAGACCUCCUGCCAGCACUUUUGGUACUUCCACUAUCAAGAAGCAUCAGGACCCCGGGAGGCACUCAUCCAACUCCAGAAGCUCUGUCAUCAGUGGCUGAGACAGGAGAAGUGUACGAAAGAGCAGAUCCUGGAGUUGCUAGUCCUGGAACAGUUCCUGGCUGUCCUUCCCCAGGAGAUCCAGAUCUGGGUUAGACAGAAACAUCCAGAGAGUGGAGAGGAGGCAGUGGCUCUGGUGGAAGACUUGCAAAAAGAACCUGGAAGACUGGGGCUGCAGGGACAGGAGGUGCUGUCAGAGGAGAAGGAACCCUCAGGAUCGGUACUAGGUCCCCUAAACAUCCAUCUGAAGCAAGCACAGACAGAAUCCAUGUAUCUGUUCCAGGCAGUGGUGAAGAACUCACAGCCAGAACCAGAAGACCAAAUGAACCACAGCCCCAAAGUAAAACUUGGAUCCUUCCACGAGAGCGGCACCUCCAAAGGGAAGAAGAACUUUGGUCGGCAUGUUUUGUAAAACUACACAGCAGAGUUGGUGGCACCUCUCCUUAUGUGAGUGAGACCUUACUGGUCCCAGGAGGUAAGGUGUGGGUACCAAUUUUAGGUCUGGGUGGUAGGAAAGGCACAAGGUAGGGCUAAACUAGAGCGCAGUAAUUCCCAAAACAGGUACGUGUCCCCAGACCAAUUCGGAUGAUUUACCUGUGUUAUCAAAACUGAAGAAUAAAAGCAUAAAACGCUGACUGUCAGUAACGUGGAUGGAUAUGGAAGGGAAAUCUGGAACUCUCCUUUGAGAAAUGUGUUGUUUUGCUUUUUCACCAGUCCUUCUUUGAUGGGACAAAGCAGACACUAAGAGGAGGAGGAAGACUCUUCUGUUUCCAAACCCGAUGGGCUGGUCCCUGGGGGGGGCCAAGAAGCGUUCCCUCUAAUGGCUCCUUUCUCUCCCCCCAGGCCUGCCUGAUCCUCAGGCUCUGGCUCUUUCUCCGGAGCACAGCUGUGACCAGGGGGGCCAUACGCAGCUUCCAGGUGGGCCAGACAUUCCUCUUACUCAGGUCACCUUCUACUACUGAGUGGGGCCCUUUGCACCAAUUCUCUUGCCUAUCGGAAAUUACAAAGGAAUUUUACCCAGCGGGCAGGCCCAGUAACUUUAUAGAUGAGGCUCCAAAUUUCAUCAGCUUGAAAAAUGUUGCCCAAAUCUCCUUCCUUGUGUAAGGCAGCGCCACAGCUGAGGUAGUGAGGGGUUGUAUUAAGUCAUUCUUUCCUUGACUCUAAGAUUGCUUGUUUGUCUUAAAAGUAAUGGCUACUUCCUUCUUACGGUAUCUGGAUCUCGUCCUCAUAGUAUGCAGGAUUGUGUAGUGGGAGAAAAAAGCUUCAGAUUCAGACAGUCUUGAGUUCAAAUCCCAGUUCUGCCGCAUACUAACAGGAAUUUUGAGCAAAUGUGAAGUUUCCAGUGCAGUGCCUGGUGUUCAGUAAAUGGUAGCUUAGUUCUUCCUUUGCUUUCUCUCCUCCCUGUCCCACUCAUUGCAUUUAUUUAUUUAUUUUAAUUAAUUAAUUAAUU